AUGCCGCUCUCCGACCAGUCGACUCCAUCGUCGUUUGACGAGAACGAAGACUUUUACAACGGAAAUGGCCUCUCCAAGAUCACCCGCAAGCUCAAGCAGGAGCCGCUGAUCCCGCUCGGCUGCCUGCUGACCGUGGCCGCUUUCACCAACGCCUACCGCGCCAUGCGCCGCGGUGACCACAACCAGGUCCAGCGCAUGUUCCGUGCCCGCAUCAUCGCCCAGGGCUUCACUGUCGCCGCCAUGGUCGCUGGUGGCAUCUAUUUUGGCGCUGAGCGCCACAAGGAGCGCGAGCUCUGGAAGGUCCAGCAGUCCCAGAAGGAGGAGGAGAAGCGUCAGCGCUGGAUCGGCGAGCUCGAGGCCCGCGACGCCGAGGAGAAGCUUCUGCAGGAGCGCCUCGCCCGGAAGCGCAGCCGGAAGGCAGGUGGUGACGCCAGCGAAGAAGUUUCCACAACAGAAGCACCACCCAGUCCCAUCCUUGCUGCUGCUGCCGCAGUCGCAGACACCCCCGAGAAGCUCAAGGCCAACGACAAGAGCGCUCUCGGCACUCUGGGCAGCCUCUUUUCCAAAAAUCCCACCGUGGCCGCCAAGGUCGACGAGGCGGACAAGAAAUAG